CGUCUUAAUGAAGAAGAACAACGCGUGCGUCAUUACCUUUCACCAACUACAGAACCGAAAAUUAGAAGUAUUGUAGAGGAAGAACUUAUUUCUAAACAUCUUAAAACUGUUAUUGAGAUGAAAACUGCUAUCAGCAAUUAUAUACGGGAACUUGGUAAAGCGAUAAAUGAAACUGUUUCUAGCAAUGCUACGACGGCAACGGCUACCGAAAAUAAUGCCGCUGGUGGUGAACGACAAACUGGAGCUUCUGUGGCAAUACGAUGGGUUCAAGAAGUUCUGGAUCUUAAAGAUAAAUUUGAUAAAGUCCAGAAUUUGGCUCUGUCUAAUGACAAAGCAUUUCAAACGGCAUUUAACGAGACUGAAGAAGAAGUAGAUAGUGUAUUGGAUAAGACUAUUACGCUAUUCCGUUUCAUUGGUGAAAAAGAUGUUUUUGAACGAUAUUAUAAACAACAUUUGGCCAAACGACUAUUACUCGGACGUAGUGUAAGCGAUGAUGCAGAAAGAAGCAUGAUCGGUAAACUUAAGAUUGAGUGUGGAUAUCAAUUCACUACGAAACUUGAAGGAAUGUUCAAUGAUAUGAGGAUCUCAACCGAUACCAUGACAGAUUUUAAGGACUUUUUAGAAAAAUCUGCACUGGAGUCUAUUUUAUCAUACUCAGAGGCCCAAGCUGGAUUUAAGCAAAUAACCAAAGCGUGUGAUACAUUUCAAAGAUUUUAUCUGGCACGACAUAGUGGUCGGAGGUUAACAUGGCAAUCCAAUAUGGGAAGUGCAGAUAUUCGUGCUACUUUUAAUACUCGGAAACAUGAUAUUAAUGUAUCAACGUAUCAAAUGGUUAUACUUUUAAUGUUCAACGAUUUGCCCCCUGGCCAAAGCCUAUCGUAUGAGACAAUAAAAGGCGAAAGCGACAUUCCAGAGGCUGACCUCAAACGUAAUCUUCAAUCAUUAGCAUGUGCCAAAUAUAAAAUUCUUGUAAAAGAACCUAAAGGAAAAGAAAUCGAAGCUGGAGACAAAUUCUAUUUCAAUAGUGAUUUUACGUGUCAGCUGCAGCGCAUUAAGAUUCAAACAGUAGCUAGCAAAGUUGAAACUGAAGGCGAAAGAAAAGAUACGAGGGAAAAAGUUGAAGAAGCCAGGAAACAUCAAACAGAAGCCGCAAUUGUAAGAAUUAUGAAAGACCGAAAAACAAUGGAUCAUAAUCUUUUGAUUGCAGAGGUGACGAAACAAUUGCAGCCACGGUUUGUACCCAAUCCGGCAAUGAUCAAAAAACGAAUCGAGGCAUUAAUUGAACGAGAGUAUCUAGAACGAGCACCAGGCGACAGACGUGUCUAUAAUUAUCUUGCAUAG